GUGUCUUGUCCUCGGCAGCAAGUAGAUGGCGUCUGACCAUAAUAUUAUCUUCCAGUGAGAUAGCUGAGUCACAUCUAAGUGUUGUGGUAACGGUAAUAGGAAAUUCAUCGUACACGCGCGUCUGGUCGAGCUUCUGCGAGCUGGGAUCUCAUCGAAAAUGUUGACAAUAACUCUGAAGACUUUACAGCAGCAAACAUUUAAGAUAGAAAUAGAUCCAGAACUAACGGUGAGAGCAUUAAAGGCAAAGAUAGAGGAAGAGAGGGGUAAAGAUGCCUAUCCAGCCACAGGCCAAAAACUCAUAUAUGCAGGCAAAAUCCUGAAUGAUGACAUCCCUUUAAAGGAUUACAAGAUGGAUGAGAAGAAUUUUGUUGUGGUCAUGGUGGCAAAGCCGAAAUCAACACUGCCACCUGUCCAAGCUAGUCCAGGCUCAAUUCCGACUCCUGUUCCGGGAGCAGCUCCCCUCACGGACGUUGUCCCUCCUACCCCCGUCUCUGCACCUGUGGCUACUCCUACUCCUGCCCCUGUCCCUGCUCCAGUCGUAGGUCAAGCUCCUGUGCCCUUGCCCUCCCCUGUUCCACAUCCAGUCCCAUCACAAGAGACUCAAAGUACAGCUGAUCAGGCUGUCUCUGGACCCAGGGCUGCCAGCACAGGCUCAGCAACACCAGCAAGCGCCACCGCAGUUUCUGCUCCGCCUCUUGAAGGCAGACCCCAGGAAGUUCACCAGGAUCCACCAGCAGUCACAAACCCACCUGUUCUCUCAGCCUCCAGCCUUGUUGAUGAAUUGGGCCUUUUAGAAGAGGCAGCAUCAAUUUUAGUUACAGGGCAAGCUUACGAGAACCUGGUAACUGAAAUCAUGUCCAUGGGAUAUCCAAGAGAGCAAGUGAUUGCUGCUCUUCGAGCAAGUUAUAACAAUCCAGACCGGGCAGUCGAAUACCUGCUCAUGGGUAUUCCGGCAGAGCCUGAGCAGCCCCUAAGCCAGGAAAUUACACGAUCUGUUGCUGCUGCAGCCAACCCCACAGCAGCCAACCCAGCUGCAGCCAACCCUGCUGCAGCCAACCCCGUUGCAGCCAACCCCACAGCAGCCAACCCCGCUGCAACCAAUCCCACUGCAGCCAACCCCACUGCAGCUAACCCCAUUGCAACCAAUCCCACUGCCCCACCUGUAGAGAGACCCCAACCUCCUCCUACUUCAGUAGGAGCAGCGACUCCAUCUCAGUCGCCAUCCUCUGGUAAUCCUCUGGAGUUUCUAAGGAAUCAACCACAGUUCCAGCAGAUGAGACAGAUCAUUCAGCAGAACCCAGCCCUUCUACCUGCUUUACUCCAGCAGUUGGGCAGAGACAACCCACAGUUGCUCCAGCAAAUCACCCAGCACCAGGAGCAGUUUGUACAGAUGUUAAACGAGCCUCACGGUGAAGCUGCAGAAGCACAUGGGGCGCCACAAACAAACUACAUACAAGUCACCCCACAGGAGAAAGAGGCAAUUGAGAGGUUAAAAGCUUUGGGAUUUCCAGAAGGACUGGUCAUUCAAGCUUACUUUGCAUGUGAGAAAAAUGAGAAUCUUGCUGCCAAUUUCCUUCUUCAGCAAAACUUUGAUGAUGAGUGAUGAAGUGUUUUGUUUUUUUUUGCAGUUUAUGAUGGAGUGAUUUUUUUUUGCAGUUUACAAUGGUGAUAGUUUGGGAGACGGCCACAAGAAAAAUAAUAGAUUUACUGUAUUUUGUGUGUGUGUGUGUGUUUGUGUUUGUGGGUGUGUACAGUAUGAAAGAGAGUGCAAGGGUUAAUAUGUGUGGCAAUGUUUGUAAGGGGCAAGGCCAGUGGUAUUUGGUCUUCUAGAGAGUUUCUGUUUGGAAAAAGCCAUGGUGUGAAAAUAUUAAUAGCAAGAGCCACUCCCUUUUUAUUGAACCAUAUCACCUCAACUGUGAAUUUUUCACUGCUGCUAUUGCUGCUGUUUGUAUUUUGUGUGUUUGUAAUUGAGGUGACAAUUAUUUUAUUUCUGCCAACGUGCACACACAACCUAAUUUAUUUCAGUUCAUUUUGCUUCUCUAUCAUGAACCAUAUUAAGUCUAUAUCAAACGAAAAUAAUUAAGAGUGUCCUUUUGCUGACGUGUCCUGGAAUUCACGGAUCUGUAAUGUAGCCUACCGUUGCGAAUAAGAAUUCGGCCCAAUGACCGUAACAGUCAGAAUGCAAGACAAAGCCAAGUCAACAAAUUUGAGAAAACAUGGUCUAAAAAAGUUCUCAAAAGUGCUAUAUUUUUAAUGUUAUAUUGAAGAUGAUACAGUUGUCACCAUAGCAAAACCUUUAAAAAGAUAAAGUAAGGAAUUAUGUCUCAUUUGGAAAAUAAUGGUCUUGUAGAAAAAGAAAGUCAACUCAGUGGAAGGUCCGUUCAAACUAAAUUAUUGUUGCAUUGUUGUUAAGAUAGGCUAUAAUUGGAAGGCCAAUAUUUAUAAUCCUCCUUUUUCCUCACAGUGUUGCUUAGCUUACAGAAACAUGACUCUUUGUUGAUUUUUGUUCCAUUCAAGGCCUAGGCCAAAAAAAUGAGAGAGAGAACAUUUUUUAUAAAUGUUGGCACUUUAUGGCAAAGAAUGUUGCUAGAAGAAUCUAUACAGCUGCAUGACUUUAACAUAGCCCAGGGGUCAAACAUUUUGUCACGGUCUGGUUACAGUGUUUUACCUGUAGCUUUAUUAUUACUGUCCUUGUUAUUAUGGCGAGAAGACGGUUAUAGCCUGUAUAAAAUGAUAUGCCUUAACACUAAAGGUUGAGGGCUGGAUGUAUGGUACAUGGGUUAUUAUUUCAGCAUAAUGUUAAAUAAAUAGCUUUUACAAAGCUUUAAAAAUGA